GGCCGCAGGGGCUGAUGGGAGCUUUGAGGACCUGUUAGAAAGCACGUGGUCCUGCUCUGAUCUCACAGCUCGUCCUUGUUUGGCCUCAGCUGCAUCAGAGCACCACUUCUCCCCAGGUUCACCAGAGGAAACACCACUGCACACAAUGCUUUUCCUCCCAGCUGCUGCUCUGUGCUGGCUGUGUUCAGCGCUGGUUGCCAUGGCAGCAGAGCUGAUUCAGGAUGAUUUAACAUUGACCAGGAGAGUUGGUCAAAGUGUCUCCUUCAGAUGUGGAAACAUUCACCUGUGUGAUGUCAACGAUUAUGUGUUCUGGUACCAGAAGAAAGAAACAUUCAAAGUAAUUCUCUAUAUUGACAAAAUUUCAGCUGAAGUUUACAGAGGUUACAUGCAUCCUCAGAAAGAUGAUUUCUCAGGUGUGAAUAUUCAGAACGGCUGUGAGUUGCAGAUAGAGAAAGUAAAACUGGAUCAUUCAGCCACCUACUACUGUAGCUGUUGGAAAUCUGGUCUCCACAGAACUCCUUCACCUCAGCUGACACGUUCACCAGCAGACAGGUUUUUGUACCAGUCUUUCUCACUGUGUGGAGGAUAUAGCUACCCAAUCUUUGGAUCUGGGACUAAACUGUAUGUAACAGAUGAGCAGGUAGUGAAGCCCGUGGUGAGCGUGUACCCAGCAGCAUCCAGAGUCCACCAGGAGGGGAGGAGCUCCCUGCUGUGUCUGGCCUCAGCCAUGUUUCCUCCUCUGGUCCAGUUCUCCUGGAAAAGACAGAAAGAGGACGGCUCUCUGGAGGAGCUGCUCCCUGCAGAGGGAGAUCAGCUGGAGAUCAGAGAGUCAGGACGCUCUGCCGCCAUCUUGUUGAUCCAUCAGUGUGAGAAGAGCAGAUAUAAAUACAUCUGCUACGUCAAGCAUGAGGGGGGAACAGUGGAGGCCCAAACACAACAAGAUGUUUCUCCCUGGCUUCAGACACUCUUAAACCAAGUGAAGCUGCUCUUGCUGCUGUCCACAGUGCUGAUAGUGAAGAGUCUGGUGUACUGCUGUGGACUCUCUCUGCUGAUGAUCCUCAGAAACAAGGGACCGUCCACCAACUGCACACAUGCUGACUGACUGUUUUCUGCUGGACUUUUCUCUCCAUCAAAUCUCAUCAAUUCAUCUCAUUCAUCACUUUGAUCAGGAUUCACAAAUGUUAGUUAUGACGUGUUGUAUUUGGCUUUAAAAUGUCUCUUUUUAUGCAGAUUUGACAGAGUCAUCGUCUGAAUUUACAUCCAUUUAUUAAUGUUUAUAUUUGCUGUCAUGAACUGUUAAUUCUGAAAAAAAAAAAGUUUGAUUUUGAUGGUUUAUUUUAUAUCUGUUUUCUGUCUUUUACAUUUUGAUAAUUUUCAGAUUUUCUUGCA